UAGUGGGUGUUGGUGCGGAAAGGAGAAGCUCUGAAGCUACCAGCAUACUGGGAAGUAAACCCGUGUGUCAACAUGGAACUGUGAAGCCAGUGAAGGUCAGCACUGGCUCAGUCUAAAGGAUUUGAAGCUUACAAUAUGCCAGAGUUUCACGGAAAUAAAGAUCGCUCAUAUUUCACGAUGGAUGGUGGGCCCACGAGGAACGGGCGGAUCCCUCGCUCCCCGCCUCUCCAUCAACACAGUCAGAUGAGCCUCAUCUCCGACUCCAGCACUCCGGGGGAACGCACUCCCAUGAAGAAAGCCUCCAUGACGUCAUCGGAGGCCGUGGUGCGGCGGCGCUGGCCACGCUUCGUGAGUAAGGACGGGACCUGCAACUACAGGAACCACCACGUUCCCAUGUACAAGAGGAGGUACGUUCGGGACUUUUUCACCUCCCUGGUGGACCUGAGGUGGAGGUACAGCAUCAUCGCCUUCUCUGCUGCGUUCGUCUUGAGCUGGUUCUUAUUUGGAAUUGUUUGGUACAUUGUAAGCUUAGUACAUGGAGACUUUGCCCAUGUUGAUGACCCUGACUUCCAGCCAUGUGUCAGUGAGAUGAGGGACUUCACGUCCUCCUUUCUCUUCUCACUGGAGACACAGACAACGAUCGGCUAUGGUUCUCGCCACGCACGAGACAACUGUGGCUUUGGUGCCUUCCUCGUAGCUUUCCAGUCCAUCGUGGGACUCAUCAUCGACACAUUGAUGAUUGGCGUCUUCCUCACAAAGCUUGCCAGGCCAAAGAAACGUGCGCACACUUUGCUGUUUAGCGAGCAAGCUUGCAUCGCUAACAGGGACGGAAAACUCUCACUCAUGUUCCGUGUCGCUGACAUUCGUAGGAGUCACAUUGUAGAAGCCCACGUUUCGCGUUCUUUGUUGUUUCGACACCACAGAAAAACUAUGGAGGGCGAGGAACUCUAUUUGAACUUUGAAGACGUCAAUGUCGGAUUCGACAAGGGUACAGACCGUGUCUUUCUCAUCACCCCAAUUACAAUUGUUCAUGAAAUCGACAAGGAGAGCCCGUUCUAUGACGUCUCCGAGGACAGCCUGGCGAAGGAAGACUUUGAAGUAGUUGUCCUGUUCGAGGGUAUCUUAGAAAGCAGCAGCUACACGCUUCAAGCCAGGACCUCGUACCUGGCAGACGAGAUCAUGUGGGGUUACCACUUUGAUAACAUGGUGACCUGCUCAGAGUACGGUUACGAGGUGGACUACAAAAAGUUUAACAAGACACACCCAAUCCCCACCCACGAGUACAGUGCACGGAUUCUCGAUGCACACCGGUCGUCCCUGUCCCUGGACAGAGACGUGGACAACAACAGGCAGGGAAAGACCCACGUAGACAGGGUAAGAGAUGACGAUGACAGGGGAGUGGACUCUAAGAGACUCUCCAUGGCACUGGCCUAUGAGAAUGAAAUACACACGAUGGUGUGCAGCAACAAUGAGUGGGGACAAGGUGAUCAUACGGCGGUAGAGAAUGGAAAAAAGGUGACCUGCACAAAGCUGUAGUGGACAGGGAAGACAAUGGAAAUGGAGGAAGGAGAAGACUCUGAUGAAAUGCACAGUUCCUGUGGUCAGCUGUCUUCCACUACUGCAGCACAAAGGGCAUGGGCAGAUAAACCUGACUCUACUCAUGGGGAAAAACUGGUUUGCAUCAAACUACUAUCCUCAGAAGUUCUGCAUUGAAAGAAGGUUGAAUCUGUUCCUCUGAAUUUCUGCUUUGAAAGGAGGUAGAAUCUGUUCCUCUGAAUUUCUGCGUUGAAAGAAGGCAUAAUCUGUCAAUAUGAAAAAGGAAGGUGGACCAUGAAAUCUUACUCCAAGCUGGAAAGAGUUAGUUCUAACUUCGAAGUACAAGAUAGGAAGCAGUUUAAUGUGGUAAUUUUACUUGUCAAUGUUAUGAAGAAACACAGCAGUGGUUUAAUCCAAUAGCUAGUGAUUUACAACAUUGCAGAUAAGGCAACAAUACCAGAGUUACAUAAUAAUAAUGACGUAUUGUGAACUAUCAAGUAAUGAAGCAAAAAA